CUGGCCUUCAAAAUAAAAUAUGACUGGAAACCAGCGGGGCUGGCCUUCAAAAUAAGGGAGGGGGGGGGGGGUGCAAGCGACUUUUUUUCGUCCCGAUGUGCGCGCACACGCCGGCAUCCGAGCUCUGCGGCGCGAGACGGAGAUCGGAGUCGUGUUAACGCGACACUAGAGACAGAAUGACAUGCUGCUGGAGAGACGACCAACAACAGACGGAUUGGAAGCUCAUUCUGCGCAUGCGUUAAAUGCGUUAAAAAACAACAACUAGUUAAACCUGUAAUUGAAUUAACGCGUUAUUUUUCACAGCACUAGUAAUAUGACAUGACUGGAAACCUUCGGUAUAUCAGCUGAACGACACGUUAUUAAUAAAAUGAUGGAAAACCAGCCUGACUGUUCAAAAUGAAAAGUAGCCAACAUGAUGAAUGAAUCCUCAAAGAUCUCCUGGAACAUUGUGCAGUCACACACAAAGAGGAGUUCAGGGCUUGCCUUUCAAAAUGAAAUAUCAACUGAUGAUGCACGGUGGUGUAGUGGCUAGCACUGUCGCCUCAGAGCAAGAGGGCGUGGGUUCUAUUCCCGGUGUGGGCGGUCCUUCUGUGUGGAGCAUGUUCUCCCCGUGGCAGCGUGGGUUCCCUCCGGGUUCUCCGGCUUCCUCCCACAGUCCAAAGACAUGCAGCAGGUUAACUGAUCUCUAAAUGUCCCGUAGGUGUGAAUGUGAGAGUGACUGGUUGUCAGUCUCUAUGUGGGCCCUGGAUGGACUGGUGGCCUGUCCAGGGUGUCCCCUGCCUUCGCCCUGUCAGCUGGGAUCGGCUCCAGCGACCCGAAUGAGGACGAAGCGGUGUUGAUAAUGGAUGGAUGGAUGCUUAAUGAGCUUUUCCCUUCAAAGACAAUAAGUGUUGCUGUUGGAGUGAAAUGGAAAGAAGCGAAGAGGCGUCCUCUUCGUCGAUAACCACUGCAGACGAGUCCUCGCCGUGUGAACCCGCCUCCUCCGCCCAUGUCGUUGCUCGACCAAUCAGAAGCUGCCUCCCAAACAAGAGUGGAAGUCAAGUGUUGGUCGGCGGGCUCAAACGGGGGGUCAAAGGUUAACCGCUGUGGGGCUACAGACAAGUCCUCCUGCUCUGCACCCCCGUCUCCAGACCCCCAGGAGGGGGAGGAGACCUCUGACGAGGACCCCUUCAGUGCUGAGCCCCGCCCCCCCCCUCGCCACAGGAACACUUACGAGAGCGGCCACAGGUAGAGCGCCCCAGGUCAGCUGGUCCAGGACCACGCAGAGUCACGGUCUAAGCUGCAUUCCAGGAGGCCGGGCCUCGCCCAGUAUAACAGGCAGCCCCCCCCCUCCUGGAGUCCCACCAAACAGCCUCAGGUCAUCCAGCAGAUGGCGGCCUGCAGCUCUCCUACCCAUCAUGCCGCGGGGCGGCCGAGCAGGGCGGCGUUCGGGCCGCCGUCGACCACGGCGCUCAUCUUGGAGGACCGUCCGCCGAGCCUCCCAGCCAAGUCCUCGCAGGAGGCGCAGAGACACCGGCAGCAGCACGAGCAGAUGGUGUCCGCGGCCAAGAGGAGAGGUGCGUUUGAUUGGAGCCGCUGCGCCUCCCAACAGGGCGGAGCUUAACGGAGAGCUGAAGGAGGCGCAGAGGAGGCGGCAGCAGAAGGAGCAGCGGCUCCGACAGGAGGAGGUGCUGUCCAACACCUCGCUGGUCUGGAGCCUGCACAUCCUGCCCCACUGGGCCCUCAUGAGGUCUAGUCCCCGGGCUCAGGACUUGUGGUGGGGCGGUUUACCUCCGAGAGUCCGAGGACGGGUCUGGAGCCUCGCUUUGGGAAACGAGCUCAACAUCACUAGCUGUAUGAGAUCUUCCUGUCCAGAGCGAAGGAGAAGUGGAGCCUCAGUGAAACCGACGGCCGGCAGCUCGUCUCCAGGGACGUGUCCAGGACGCUGCCCUCGCUGCUCGUCUUCCACCAGGGCGGCCCUUAUCACGACCUGCUGCAAAGCAUUCUGGGAGCUUACACCUGCUACAGACCUGAUGUGGGAUAUGCUGUGUCUACCGGACCCUUUCUGGAGGCCGCUGCUCUCCACUGACAUCUUAGUGCCUCCGUCUGAUGAGUCUGUCUCACAUGUCCAGGGGAUGUCCUCCAUGGCGGCCAUGUUGAUCCUGAACCAGGAGGAGGUGGAGGUCUUCAUCAGCUUCUCCAACCUGGUCAACAGACCCUGUCAGCUGGCCUUCUACAGGGGGGACCGCCAGCUGGUGCUCAGGUACUUCGGGGCCUUCCAGGUCUUCUUCCAGGAGACUCUUCCCCGUCUCUUCCUUCACUUCCAGUAUUCAGGUGUGACCCCAGACCUCUACCUCCUGGACUGGAUCCGGUCCCUCUACCUGAAGCCCCUCCCCCUGGACGUGGCCUGCAGGAUUUGGGACCUGUUCUUUCGGGACGGGGAGGAGUUCCUGUUAAGAGCGGCUCUGGGGAUCCUGAGGCUCUACCAGGACCUCCUGCUGCAGCUGGACCUGGUCUGCAUCGCUCACUUCCUGUCCCGCCUUCCCGACGAGGAGCUGCUCUCUGAUAGGCUGUUCGCCUGCAUCUCGGCCACGCCCAUGCUGAGCGGGACCAGGAAGUGGACUCAGGUGUUGUCGUCGUGCAGAGACUCGGAGCGGAGCAGCUGAUUAUUAUUAUAAUAAUAUUUAUUUAAAACUCUAAAUCAGAUUGUGAUAAAUAAAUAAAGUAGAAGUGAAAGUCUGAACUAUCAAACCAAUAGAUGCAUGCAUUUAUUAAAUGUGCCUGCACAUUAAAGUCUGUAGUUAUUGCAUCAUCA